CUUCGACCUCGUGGGUGGGUGUGCGGGUGCGGGACUCGGUGGGAUGCGCCACCUGCUGCUCCUGCGCUGCGGCAUGGCUCCUCUCUACGGCUCCUCCUCCUCCGCCGCCGCGACCAAAGCCCUCCUCUUAAACCCCGCCGCCGCGCACGCCUUCGUCCCUUCUUCCCCCGGACCCCGCGCGCUCCGCCGCGGCGGCGCCUCCCUCCGCUGCUAUGCCGCCGCCGCCGCGGCGGUGGCCGAGCAGCACCGCAUCAAGGUCCACAACCCCAUCGUCGAGAUGGACGGUGACGAGAUGACGCGGGUCAUUUGGAAGAUGAUAAAGGAUAAGCUCAUCUUCCCUUACCUGGAGCUGGAUGUCAAGUAUUUCGACCUUGGGCUGCUCAACCGGGAUGCCACCGAUGAUAAGGUCACUGUUGAGAGUGCCGAGGCUACGUUGGAGUAUAAUGUUGCUGUUAAGUGUGCUACCAUUACACCUGAUGAAACAAGAGUUAAAGAGUUCAAACUCAAGUCAAUGUGGAGGAGCCCAAAUGGCACCAUCAGGAAUAUUCUAAAUGGAACUGUUUUCCGGGAGCCCAUCUUGUGUAAAAAUGUACCACGGAUACUUUCUGGCUGGAAGAAGCCCAUUUGCAUUGGAAGGCAUGCAUUUGGAGACCAGUAUCGAGCUACUGAUACAAUAAUUAAUGGUCCAGGAAAGCUUAAAAUGGUUUUUGUCCCAGAUGGUGCUGAACCUGUGGAGUUAAAUGUUUAUAAUUUUAAAGGGCCUGGUGUGGCUUUAUCAAUGUAUAAUGUGGAUGAGUCUAUUAGAGCUUUUGCUGAGUCAUCAAUGGCAAUGGCACUUUCCAAAAAAUGGCCUCUUUAUCUCAGCACCAAGAACACAAUAUUGAAGAAAUAUGAUGGCAGGUUCAAGGACAUCUUCCAGGAGGUAUAUGAAGAGAAAUGGAAGGAGAAGUUCGAGGAAAACUCGAUAUGGUAUGAGCACCGGUUGAUUGAUGACAUGGUGGCAUAUGCUGUGAAAAGUGAAGGUGGAUAUGUUUGGGCUUGCAAAAACUAUGAUGGAGAUGUUCAGAGUGACUUCCUUGCCCAAGGUUUUGGUUCCUUGGGUUUGAUGUCAUCUGUUUUGUUAUCUUCUGAUGGGAAAACGUUAGAAGCUGAGGCAGCUCAUGGGACUGUCACUAGACAUUUCAGGCUACAUCAGAAGGGACAGGAGACAAGUACAAAUAGCAUUGCUUCUAUAUUUGCUUGGACUCGUGGACUAGAACAUAGAGCAAAGCUGGAUAAAAAUGAUAGGCUGCUGGAUUUCACAAAGAAACUUGAAUCUGCAUGUAUUGAAACAGUUGAAUCGGGGAAGAUGACAAAGGAUCUUGCACUCCUUAUCCAUGGCCCCAAGGUAACAAGGGAGUUCUACCUUAACACCGAAGAAUUCAUUGACGCUGUGGCUCAGCAACUGCGAGAAAAGAUUCAAAUACCAGCUGUGGUUUAAUCCUCAAUAUGCAAAUUCUAUGUCUGGUUGGAAGCCUAUCAUUGGGUGCAGCAGGUUCACUCGCUGUGCAUUCGCGCGCAUUUUGAUUGGGGUGAUGAGACGGAUGAUCCCAUUUAAUAGUUUGCCUCGAAGCGAUUUUUGUUUCAGCCUACCAUUUUAUCAUGUUAAACUGUUAAUAAUCUGCUAGUGCUAAGUGAAUUGGUGAUUUCGCUACUCAAUUCACAACCUCGCAUGGUUGGGUAAAUUACCUUGAGGUCAAUACAUAAGCGUAGUCUCAUUCAGGGUUUA